UCAAAGGUCGGAGGUCGGAGGGUAGUUGUUGCUGCUGCUGCAGCCGGUGGUGUAUAGAGUUGAGCAGAUGUCAGCGGUCGGAUGGAUCAGGCACAGUCAGACCGGGAAUUGAGAGCGGAUUCCUGAAUUUUAGGGCCUGGGCAAAUGAUGGUAUGGCUUGUCUUUUCCGAAGGUCUAUAGCAGCGCAGCUUUCCAAAGUCCUGGGGACCUCUACAGAGAAGCUUAUUCCUAUGGUGUCAGCUGUUCCUGUCUCCAAAAAACAGCAGACCCUAGAUUUUCGCAUAUCCGUGAACUCUGUGCUGGAGAAAGGCUGCCUAAGAUCGGGGUCGACUGUCCAGAGUCAAGCAAGGCAAUUGUCUGAGCAGUUAACUUGUGAUGAUGUGGUUACUGAGAUUGCUGUCGGGCAAGGAACCAUUAAUUUCAAAGUGAACCGAUCCUUACUUGCUGAGCUUGUGAUGCAAGAGAUUUCAAAGAAAGGUUCGAAAUAUGGAAUAGAGAGUGAACUCUUCCAAGGUUACCCCUGUGGCCGAGUUAUAGUGGAAUUUAGCUCACCAAAUAUUGCAAAAAAAUUUCAUGCAGGACAUUUGCGUUCAACAAUUAUAGGUAACUUCAUUGCUAAUAUAAAGCAAGCUUUGGGAAAUGAUGUGAUCAGGAUCAACUACCUUGGAGACUGGGGCACGCAGUUUGGCUUGCUUGGAGCAGGAUUUCAGCUCUUUGGUUCAGAGGUGAAACUGAAAGCAAAUCCAUUACAACAUCUUUUUGAAGUUUAUGUUGAAGUGAACAAGAUGGCAGAAACCAAUGAAGACAUUCACAAAGCAGGGCAAGAGUUUUUCAAGAAACUAGAGGGAGGGGAUGAGCACUCCUUGAGAUUAUGGCAACAGUUUAGGUCGAUAAGCAUUGAAGAAUACAAAAAAAUUUAUCAGCGGCUUGGUGUGCAUUUUGAUGAGUAUUCUGGAGAAUCGUUCUACCAAGAAAAAACGCAGGAGAUUCUGUGGCUGCUGGAUCAGAAAGGACUACUCAAGAAAACAAUGCAAGGAACUGGAGUAGUCGAUCUUUCACCAAACGGUGACCUCUCAGCUUAUGCCAAGGUGCUUCGCCCUGAUGGAACAACCCUUUACUUGACCAGAGAUAUUGCAGCUGCCAUAGAUCGAAUGGAGAAAUAUAAUUUUGACCAAAUGAUUUAUGUGACAGAUAAAGAACAGUGUUCCCAUUUUCAGCAGUUGUUUGGUGUACUGAAAAUCAUGGGCUACAACUGGACAGAACGUGCUUUCACUGGUCACUUUUGCAGAUGCCGGCAUGUUCCCUUUGGGUUAGUUAAAGGGAUGAAGACUCGGAAAGGAGAUGUUGUCUUUCUAGAAGAUGUUAUGAAUGAGGCCCGGUCCAGAAUGCUGCAAAACAUGGCUGCCUCAAAGACAACAAAGGAAUUGGAAGACCCUGAAGGUACGGCAGAGAAAGUGGGUGUGGCUGCACUUAUUAUUCAGGAUUUCAAAGGUCCCCUCUUGUCUGAUUAUGAAUUCGAUUGGGAUCGUGUCCUCCAAAGCCAUGGAGAUACUGGUGUAUUCUUACAAUACACACAUGCAAGGCUGUGCAGUUUGCAGAGAACAUUUGAAAAUAGAAUAGAGGAGCAGUUCAACCCUGCGUGUUUACAAGAUCCUCAGGCAAUUGCAUUGCUGCAGCACCUCCUCAGGUAUGAUGAAGUUCUAUUCCAAGUUUCGGAGGACCUCCAACCAAAACAUCUUGUAAACUACCUGAUAAUGUUGAGUCGUCUUGCUUCUAUAGCUCACAGGACUCUACACGUCAAAGGCAGCUUAUCUGAAGUAGCAAUGGCAAGGUAUCUACUUUUCAAGGGAACUGCUUCUGUCUUAUCCAAUGGAAUGAAGCUACUCGGUAUAACUCCAGUGGAGAAGAUGUGAUGUAGCAUCUGCUUUUAUAUUCUAACCAAUUUAAUGGCUCUACUCAACAUUUAAGUAAAGAUGUGACUAAACCCACACGUUUACAAUAGCUGAUUAAACCCAAAGUAAACUUUGUUUUUAGCUGAGUACCCAUCAGGAAGAAAACAAGAUGGUAGACUAAAAUGCCCUGGUGCCAUAUUCAGUGGAGAGCAGGAAUUCCUCUAAAUCAACUCCACAAGUGAUGUAUGGCCUAGCAUCCAGAGAAAAGAAAAAUGAAGAGCUGAAGAAAACCUGUCUGGUUUCUGACAGCCUACUUUAUAGAACUGAGAUCAUGAGAAAUUGCUGCCAGCUCAUCUGAUUGUGGUCACUUCAGGUGGAAGAAAUGAAUUGUAUUAUUUGAGAGAGAAAUUGCAGAACUCUGUAGUAUGGAGGGAUUUGAGUAUCCUAGGACACUAAUGUCAAAUUGUUAAUACACAAGUAAUUCAGAAUGUUAUUUAUUGCAAGGAGAAUGAGAUAUGAGUAGCGAACUUUAUUGCAAUUGUCUAAGCCAAAGUGAGACCACAUGGAAUAUGCACAUAGUGCUCUACAACUCCUUAAGGAAGGAUAUAAUUGCAUUGGAAGUGGUUCAGCGAAGAUUCAGUUGACUGAUUCCUGUGGUAAAAGAGCACUUUUAUGUCAAAAAGUUGAACAGGUCCAGUGUUUAUCCGUUGGAAUUUAGAAGAAUGAGAAAUAUGCUUAUCGAAACAUACCAGAUCCUAAGGGAACUUGCCAGGAUGGAUACUGAAAGGAUGUUACUCUCUGUUGGGGACUCAGUUUAAAACCAACAGAUAUCCCAUUCCUGACAUGGGGAGGAAUUUUCUGAGGAUCAUGAGUUUGCCAAAUUCUCUUCCCCAGAGAGCAUUUAAGGCAGAGUAAUUGAAAUUUUAAACAAAUAAUUAGACAGGUUCUUGAUUCAUAUGUCUGGUCAUAUCCUCCUCAUUACUUGGUUUCCAAGUUAUGUGUGCACCAUUAACCUAUUUGACCACAAUACAGACUGUCCCUUCAACAGAACCAUUAACAUAGAUCAGAAAUAGUUGAAUUCCAUAAUGAGAUUUUUAUUACUGGAUUAAUAAUUCAAUUUAAUCUCCUAGAUGGGGCUGAGGACAGGCAGAUUAUAUGUGGUGGGAACAGUUGAGAUCUUGAAUGAGGUCAGCACUGACUGAACAAUGAGUAGCUAAUUUUAAAAAGCCCUUGAAUUACCCUUCCAAUUCUCCCCAUCGACACACCAGCUAUCAGAACUGGAUUUCUACCCUGGAGGGGAAAUAUGGUCAAAUCAGCCUGUAAAAGUUUAGGCAACAUCUGGGGAAAGGGUUGUCUUGUAAUUAGUGUGACUAGAGUUAGUAUUCAAGAUACGGCUGUCAUGCACUCCUCCACAAACAAAGCACAUCUGCUUUAAUUUGGUAGUCAUGUUUGGGACCUUCUGUGAAAGAUCAAAGACAUGAACUUGCACGGUAUGUCACAAAACUAGUUUUUAUUGUGGUAAUUAUCCAUUUGAAUUGACUGAUAGCUUUUAGUAUAAGCGACACUGUGAGGAGAAUCAUUUUCAUUUGGAUCUGCAACCUGUACUUUAGUAUUAAGGAAAACAACAUGUUUGCACAUUGUAAUCCAAGUGGCUAUAAAAAUAGCUGGUGUGGAUAAUAGCUACACCUCUCUUGUGGAAUUAAGACUGAAUAAAAGGAGGUUUUAUUCUGCAUCUGGCUAUCCUAUUGCUGAUCUGGAAGUACAAAAUAGGGGUGGGGGGGGGGGGUGGGAGUCCAUGCUAAUUGAACAGUGAUAAAUGAGUUGUGGACAUUGCCUCUCUAAGCAGUAAUUUGCUGAUAAGUCACGAAAAGAAGUUAAAUGCAGUAUUUUUGCUCACUCCAAUCCCAACUUAUAAAUAAGAUGAAAAUUUGUGGGUACAUUUAUUGCAUCUUUUGUAUCCAAGGGAAUAGUUUGAAGCACACUUCAACAUGAAAAUGCUAACAUUUCUCUGGUGUUACAUCCAAUGAUAGGUGAAUGCACUGAGCCAAGCGCAUGAGCACACAUGCAGAUAGCCAUUUUCUGCUGGAUGUGGUAUAAUUUUGAACUUCCAUAAUUUAGCAAUUUUCAAGCUUAUUUUCCAUGAAAGAACAAUCUCUCCUAUGAGCCAGAGCAAAGCUAGAGCCACAGUGCUCCGUUUGACUGGUCUCCAAGCAAGUUGUUUACAAUUAAACAGGAUUGCUGGCAAUGGUAUACACCACGUAUCAGUAAUUAUCUCAGACUACUGUAUUUAGUUGCAAACUAUUAAAGAAGUUGAAACUAAGAAUUGGCACUGGUUACUUUCCUCCUUUUAUAGUUGUCUUCAUCUCCAGUGUCAUUGCAUUUUUUAAUUUGAAUUGGACCGGAUUUAUGUCUAAAAGGCAAUUUCUGGUUCAGAUAUGUGACUGUUUCUUAGUACAAGCAAAAUGGUCUAGAUUUGAAUAUUACCUUGGGAAUGCUGUGGUAAUUUUGAGCUGCUGUAAUAGAUUGUUUUCUUUGGUCUUUGAAUUUAGAGGCAGACUGCUGCUGGGAGGUUACUUUUGUACUCAUUGCUAGCUUCAAUGACUUUGGUUCUCUCAUAAUUAUACAAUCUGCAUCUGAAAUGGCACCAAAAUGAAUAUCCCUGUUCCUCUAACUUCUGUCAAGUUUGUUUACUAUGUUGAUUCAAACAGCUGAUGUGGCUAUUUUUGUUUUUUUUUGUUUCUGCUGCUCUAUUUGCUCAGUUUUCCAGUGAAGUUGGAUGUGGAGACAUAAAUUGUGAAAUUGCUGGAAUCUGCAAUCUGGUAAAGUCCUUCUGAGACCCAUCAUGGCUGAUAAGAUUCUCAACCCCAUUCUCCUGCUUUCUCCUCCUUGAUACUCCAGAACCUAGCUAUCUCAGUCUUAAAUGACCUGGCCUCCACAGCGUUCUGUGGAAAUGAAUUCCACAGAUUCACCACUCUCUGGCUGAAGAAGUUUCUGCUUGUCUCAGUUCUAAAAUGUGUUCCCUUUACUCGAAGGCUGUGCCCUCUGGUCUCAGUUUCUCCUACCAAUAGAAACAUCUUCCCAACAUCCACUCU